UCCACCGGACUCCUUCUGGGGACGGACCCCGACGCCGCACCGCAUUCUCGCGGACGUCCAAAUUCGCCUUUAAUCGUCUUAAAUAGUCCGCUCGCCGUCUACUAGCAUGCAGAACAUGUUGACCCUCCUCUCGAACGCGCUGUGUCGGAUCACCGGCAGGACUGCGGUGAGUCUUCCGGCAGCGGUGCUCGUCUAACGGGAGGAUUUUUUUCUCCUCCUCCGGACGAGCUAAACAGGCUAAUUGGGCUAGCUUGGUGCUGCUGCUGACCUUGUGGGCGCCUCAUUGUUCUGACACUUUCACUUAUUCAUACUCCCUCUAUUUCUGUAGUUACUGACUUUCUAGCACAUGCUGUAGUGCGACCUAAUGUUUUUUUGUGUUUCCAAUAGUGUGUGUUUGUCACAAAGUAUAAUGUAAGACUCAGUGUAUCGUGAUCUACUACUAAUAUUAAGUUGAGGAAAAGCGAAUGAGCUAAUUACGAAAGCUCGUCAUGAGCAAGUGCGUCAUGAGCAAAUUUGUCAGUCAGCACAUUCUCUAAUGAAACAAUGGUGCGUCCUUGUUUCUCACAGCAUGUCUUUAACAACACUCUCUCUCAGUACCUACAUUAUUUUAUUUCUUUACGAAAAGUGUGAAAUGCUCAUGCUUAAAUAAAGCCUUUCUUUGUCAAACUUCCCAAAUGUAUCACAAGUUGUUUUUCCCUCUUCAAUGCUCUAUCGCUCACAAAUCCAAAUGUAUGUCUGGCUUCUUAUCCUUCAUCCACCUUCACCGGAACCCCAGGGAGCCCAAACUGUGUCGGAGGUUUGUUACUUUCCCAACAAUGAUUACACUUUGGCACCACAUGCAGUCAGACAAGUGUCCCAAAGUUGCCAGUCACCCUUCGAUCAUGAUGAUGGUGGUGUUGCUGAUUGGCCUGUCAGAGUACGUCAGUCUAACCUCGCCGGCGGCACCAGACUUGGCACAGACGCAGCGGCUGCCCCCCAAACCUCCGCCGGUAGUCAGCGCUAGAGCCAGCGCGGCGCCCUUAGUUAGCACGUCGUUAGCCGCACCAGCUGCCCGCAUCACAGCUUCCUGCUCCUUCGCUGACUUUACGCCUCAGGUGACUUUCGACAUCAAGAAAUGCGAUCUGUACCGCUUGGAGGACGGGCCUUCUAUGAAGGCGGAGCUAACGCGCGAGCAGGGCCUGCAGUAUUACCGGACCAUGCAGACGGUGAGGCGCAUGGAGCUGAAGGCCGAUCAGCUCUACAAGCAGAAGAUCAUCCGUGGGUUCUGUCACCUGUAUGACGGACAGGAAGCUUGUGCUGCAGGUGUCGAGGCUGCCAUUAACCGCAGCGAUCACCUGAUCACGGCAUACCGUGCGCACGCCUACACGUACACCCGCGGCGUGUCUGUCAAGGAGAUCCUGUGUGAGCUCACGGGUCGAAGAGGCGGGGUCUCCAAAGGCAAGGGGGGAUCCAUGCAUAUGUACGCGCCGCAUUUCUACGGCGGGAACGGCAUCGUGGGAGCACAGGUUCCACUGGGUGCCGGAAUCGCUCUAGCUUGUCAGUACCAAGGCAACAAUCAGUUGUGCGUGACGCUGUAUGGCGAUGGCGCAGCCAAUCAGGGGCAGCUCUUUGAGGCCUUCAACAUGGCUGCCCUCUGGAAGCUUCCGUGCAUUUUCAUCUGUGAGAACAACCAGUACAGCAUGGGCACGUCUGCGGAGAGGGCGUCGGCCAGCACCGACUACUACAAGCGAGGAGACUACAUACCGGGAAUCAGAGUGGACGGGAUGGACGUCCUGUGCGUGAGAGAGGCAGUCACGUUUGCAGCGGACCUCUGCCGAGCCGGGAAGGGUCCAAUUGUGAUGGAGCUCCAGACUUAUCGUUACCAUGGACACAGCAUGAGUGACCCUGGUGUCAGCUACCGCGCUCGGGAGGAGAUCCAGGAUGUGCGCAGCAAGAAUGACCCCAUUGCCCUGUUAAAAGAGCAAAUGCUCAGCAACAAUAUGACAUCUGUGGCGGAAUUGAAGGAAAUGGAUGUGGCCAUUCGGAAGGAGGUGGAGGAGGCAGCACAAUUUGCGAUGGCUGAUCCCGAGCCACCAUUGGACGAUAUGUGCAACCACAUCUUUAAAAACGAUCCACCCCUGGAGGUCCGUGGGACCAACCCCUGGUCUAAGCUCAAGUCUGUAAGCUAGAACAGCAGCUGCACCCAAAAUGAGACUGGCCAGAACUCUUCAUGGGACCAGGACUGGGACCUGUUUGUCACUUUUUUAAUAGCUUUAUUUAUCAUUAAUAUAUGAUCUUGUACUCUACUCGAGCUGUAGCAACAGCUGCCUGGAGUUCUGUCACAAUUGUCUUUAUCAUAAGGACUCCAGCAUGAAGUUUUUACAAGUCAGAUUAUUUAUUUAAAGCUUGAUGUAACUAUUGUGCUAACUGCUGAAAAUGUUGAAAACUGAACAAUGUUGUAUGUG